GAUAUGUUGUUGCGGUGUCCGCCCAAACGUUCAGUCAAACACCAAACUUUGGCACGCUUGUAAACAUAGCAGUUGCACCUACCAAUAAGUUAUGUACAAAAGGCAUAGUCGUCGACGCUGUGACUUCCAUUGAGCUCGGAAGAUUUCUCGACAGCCAUUACGAUUCGUUUACACCUUGGGAGCAAUCAUGCCAAGAUUGUGUAUAUACCUGUAACAAAAAUGAUUCAUCCAUCCAACCUCCAAACAUUGCCAUAUGGUGCCUUCUUGUGAGCAACGUUAGCGAGGAUGAUGCGGUUUCGUUCAGCGUGGAUAUGAUAGUAGAUCCCGACAUGGUCACGCUUACAUCGACAUCGCUAUUGGCAACGUCAACGGUGGUGUUAGUCACAUACGAUCCAAACGCUACACCCACUGCUACUGAUUCAGGGCCAUCAUGGUUUUCUGGGAACGAACGUUUAAAAUGGGAUGGCAAAGUUAUUAUCGGUCUUGGACUGGGAUGGUUUUGCAGUUUUUUGAUUGGCUAUUACUCGAUAAUGUGGUGA